AUGGUUUCCAGGACUAUGAUUAUAGCAUUCCUAGUUUUGUUAACGUACCUCUCGGAUACUAAUGCAUUGAACAUUUCAACUGAUGAGGCUGCUCUUUUAGCUUUCAAAGCUCAAAUAACCUCAGACCCCAAUGGAAUGUUGUCAAAAAACUGGACAAAAGAGACUCACAUUUGCAAUUGGAUAGGCAUAUCUUGCAGUAAAAGGCAUCAAAGAGUGACAAUAUUAUUCCUCAAAAGCUUUGGAUUUAGAGGUUCAAUAGCAAAAGAAAUUGGGAACCUCUCCUUCCUUAGCUAUUUGGAGAUUGGAAACAACAGUUUCCAUGGACAAAUCCCUGAUGAAAUUGGGGGUCUGAGGCGUUUAAAAUAUUUGUCUUUGCAAAUGAAUAAUCUUAGUGGUCAAAUCCCACCAAGCCUUGGAUUUCUCACAAGGCUUCAAAUUCUUGAUCUUUCUGAAAAUGAUCUAUUUGGAAAUGUUCCAUUUUCCAUUUUCAAUGUAUCUUCCUUAAAGAUCAUUGAUUUGGGACUAAAUCAGCUUAGUGGGAAUCUCCCAAGGGGAUUUUGUACUAGGCUUCCAAAUCUGCAAGGUUUAUCACUCUCAAAAAAUCAAUUAGCAGGCCAAAUCCCAAGUGGGCUGAAUCAAUGCACACAACUUAUUUACCUUUCCUUGUCACAUAAUCAGCUCACAGGAAGUUUGCCAAGAGACAUGUGGAAUUUGACAAAGCUUCAAGAUUUAUUUCUGGGAUGGAAUAACAUAACAGGACAUAUCCCCAGUGAAAUUGAUAACCUAUCAGCAAUUAGAAGAUUAAGUCUACCAGAGAACAAUUUGGUGGGAAUUCUUCCACCAUCUAUUGGAAAUUUGUCAAAUCUAGAGAUGAUAGACCUAGGUCAGAACAGUCUAAAUGGUGGCAUUCCACAGGAGUUUAAACGUCUUGUAAAUUUGAAAGGAGUGUAUCUUGGUCAAAACAGAUUAUCGGGUGAAGUUCCAAGGCAUAUGUACAACAUUUCUGGACUAGAAAGGAUUUCAUUUGCAGCAAAUGAUCUCUCAGGAACACUUCCCUCAAGCAUAGGCCAUAGCCUUCCAAAUCUUUCCGGCCUCUAUCUUGGGGCAAACCAGUUUACCGGGCUGAUUCCUACCUCCAUUGUGAAUUCCACCAAGCUUAUCCUGCUUGAUUUUGGUCGCAAUCUGUUUAAUGGACCUGUACCUAUGAAUCUUGGAAAGCUACAACAGCUUCAAUUCAUCAGCUUGCAAAUAAACCAAUUGACGGGCGAGUUAAGUUUUCUUACCUCAUUAUCUAAUUGCAAGUAUUUGAAGACAGUUCAAAUAGGAGGUAACCAAUUUAAUGAUAGUCUUCCAAAAUCCUUAGGUUCAGGCAACUGGUCCUUUUCCCUUGAGUAUUUCAUUGCCUCUAAUAGUGGUAUCACAGGAAAAAUACCCACUAACAUCACUAACUUGAGGAACCUGGAGUGGUUAAGCUUGGGAGACAAUAAGCUUAUAGGUUCUAUUCCUCUAGAUUUGGGGAACUUGAGGAAUUUGCAAAGGUUUCGCCUGGAAAAAAACAAUUUAGAUGGAAUUAUACCAACUAGCUUGUGUAACAUGGAAAACUUGUACAUGAUUGACUUGGGGUUAAAUCAACUUUCUGGGGAAUUACCAAGUUGCUUUGGAAAUAUUUCUUCUUUAAGAGAAAUCUACUUAUAUUCCAAUGCACUAAUUUCAAAUAUUCCAUCAACUCUUUGGAGGAACAAAGAUCUUUCAAUUCUCAAUUUGUCCUCCAAUUUUCUGAAUGGAUCUCUUGCAGUAGAAAUGGGGAAUUCAAGGAGUUUGCGGAUAUUACAUUUAUCUGGUAAUCAGUUCUCUGGUGAGAUUCCUAGCACGAUUGGCCAACUACAAAGCUUGGUUAGUCUUUCGUUGUCAAAGAAUAUGUUAGAUGGUCCUUUACCUGAAUUAUUUGAAGAUUUGGUUUCAUUGGAGUAUUUGGAUCUAUCUAGCAACAAUCUAUCAGGCAUGAUCCCCAAGUCCUUGAGGAAUCUUGAACAUCUCAUGUAUUUCAAUGUCUCAUUCAAUGGGCUCAUGGGUGAAAUUCCAGAUGGAGGGCCAUUCGUAAAUUUUACAGCUGAAUCAUUCAUGGGUAACCCUGCAUUAUGUGGAUCAUCACGCUUCCAUGUGACGCAAUGCAGAGUCACUAGCCUUGAAAGAACAAGAAAGAGCAGAGUCUUAAUUUCUGUUCUUGCAUCAGUAUCCUCAGUAGUUAUAGUCAUCACCAUUUUCAUCAUUUGGUUUCUGAAAUGCCGAAAAAGGAGUAGGGAACUCCCUCUAGUUGAUAUAUUUGGUCAAGUACAUACGAGGAUUUCAUACUAUGAUAUUGCUCAAGGAACAAACAACUUUGAUGAAGCAAACUUGAUUGGAAGGGGGAGCCUUGGUUUGGUGUACAAAGGGACACUUGUAGAUGGAACUGUUGUGGCAAUAAAGGUAUUCAAUACAGAACUGCAACAUGCAUUUAGAAGUUUCGAAGUAGAAUGUCAAGUUUUACGUAGCAUUCGACAUAGAAACCUUGUUAAGGUAAUAAGUAGCUGUGCCAAUUUUGAUUAUAAGAUGUUGGUUCUAGAGUACAUGCCCAACGAAAACCUCGAAUGUUGGCUUCACUCUACUGACAAAUUUUUGGAUAUAACUCAAAGACUAAAGGUGAUGAUUGAUGUGGCUUCUGCUGUGGAGUAUUUACAUGGAGGUCAUUUGUUUGUAGUCGUACAUUGUGAUUUGAAACCAAGUAACAUACUUUUGGAUGGAGAUAUGGUGGCAAAAGUGAGUGACUUUGGGAUAUCCAAACUUCUAACAGCUGAGACCCUAAUAGCACAUACCAAGACCUUGGGUACUAUCGGCUACAUGGCACCAGAGUAUGGGUCAGAAGGCAAAGUAUCAACCAAGGGAGAUGUUUAUAGCUUUGGUAUUUUGUUAAUGGAGACUUUUACAAGAAAGAGCCCCGUGGAUGAUCUAUUCGUUGGAGACUUCAGCUUGAAAAGAUGGAUAUGCCAGUCAUUACCAAACCGAUUGGUGGAUGUAGUGGACAUUAAUCUAUUUUCACUGGACGAGCAAAAUUUUACUUCUAAAGAGACAUGCUUCAAAUCAAUCAUGGAAUUAGCUCUUGAAUGCACAAAUGAUUUGCCGGAAGAGAGAAUUUGCAUGGAAGAUAUUACUCUGCGACUCAAGAAGAUCCUAACUAAAUUUCUGCAGAAUUUGGGGACAAACUAA